AAAUGUUGCGUCUCUUGAUGUUGCCCCUCUUCCUGUUCACUCUGUCGAUGGCUUGCAUGGGGCAGACAUUUCAAUAUUCUCGCGGCUGGACCAAUGGUAAACGUGCACCGCCUGCAACAGUUGUAGGCAAUGGCCAUAAUCUCGGCCUAUUGGAUCUCUAUGAUAUUCCAGACGCACCCACUGAUCGUCGAUUGGAACGUUGUCUUGGACAUCUGCAGCACUUUGUGGGCAACAAUCUGUUGCAUCGUUCGUUUGCCAAUGGAUUGGCCUAUGAUGCCAACAGACCCGACUUGGGAUGCCCCAGUUCGCAGUGGCAACAUUCGCACUAGAGCUAAUGUCAAUGCCAAUGGCAAUAAUAAUGAUAACAACUUGUAUGGCAACUCCAAUCAUCAUCAAUCAAGUGAACUCUAUGACGCUCUCAAUGCGGCUGUGGCAGCAUCUUCUUCUGCUGGGGAUUCUGUGGAACCUGGUGAUUAUGGCAAGCAUUAGAGGCGUUCAAAUUGGAAAUUGGUUAAAGAAAUUAUAGUUGUUAUUAGCAAGAAAUGCUACAAAAAAAACUAAAAAAAAAAAAAAAAUGUAAAUGAAAAUUUUAAGUGAAAUAUAUUCUGGCUACUAUUACAAGUGAUAGAACAUAACUUUACAAUAAUAAAGCUUGAAAUUUUAUAGUUCAAUUAAAUGUAUACAAAUUGUAGUUUUAGCAUUCACACUUACUUUGGAAUUUCAAUCACAUUUUUCAUACAGCUUAAAUCAACCCUUGAGGUCAAUUGGCAAUCAGCAAAUGCAUUCCGCUUU